CCAGCUGUCAGACGCAGCCAGGAAGGACCGGCGUGACUUCACCACGAGCCUGCAAACUCUAGAGGGAUCCUAUCCCAGAGAUAAGAGGCUGGCAGACGAGACGGGACAGACGCAGGCAUGGCUCGCCUCAACUGGUGCCUGGCUGCCGUCAUCAGCUGGGGCAAGUUCCUCUUCGCCUGCUUCUUUCCUCUGCGGGGGGCCAAGCGAGACAAGCCCGACGAGCUGGAGGGCGUCCACACGCACCACUUCAAGCUGAAGCCAUUCAAGAAGGCCAAGAGUUGCGAUAUAUGCAAGCAGGCCAUCACCAAGGAGGGCCUCAUCUGCAAAGCGUGCAAGCUGUCCUGCCAUAAAAAAUGUGAAGUGAAGGUCACCACGUCAUGUCAGACAACCACCAACUAUGAGCUGCCUCCCACUCCUCAGCUGCCGUUAAAGCAUGUAGAUACACCGGGAUCGACGAGGUCCUGCAAGAGUGUGGAGAUUAGGCGAAAGCAGUCGAGGAGUCAGAGUGUGGUUCAGGCCAUGGAGGAGAGCUAUGAGGUGGACCUGGUCUACAUCACAGAGAGGAUGAUCUCUGUCUGCUUCCCCGCAGCCGCCGAGGAACGCAGCUACCUCGCCAACCUCAAGGAGGUGGCGACGAUGCUGCGGUCCAAACAUGGCGAAAACUAUCUGGUGCUCAACCUGAGCGAGCAGAGGGCUGAACUCUCAAAGUUAAACCACAAGGUUCUGGAGUUUGGCUGGCCAGACCACCACGCACCAGCGCUGGACAAGAUCUGCAGCAUGUGCAAAGCCAUCGACACGUGGCUGAACGGUGACCCGCGCAACGUAGUGGUUCUACACAACAAGGGCAACCGAGGACGAACAGGGGUGGUGGUGGCUGCGUACAUGCACUACAGCAACAUAUCCGCAAGUGCUGACCAGGCGCUGGACAGGUUUGCCAUGAGGCGCUUCUACGAGGACAAAGCACUUCCUGUGGGUCAGCCAUCACAAAAAAGGUAUGUUCAAUACUUCAACGGCCUUCUCUCCGGACACAUAAAGAUUAACAACAAGCCUCUGUUCCUGCAUCAUGUCAUCAUGCACGGCAUUCCCAACUUUGAGUCCAAAGGUGGCUGCCGUCCUUUCCUGAAGAUCUACCAGGCAAUGCAACCAGUCUAUACGUCAGGAAUAUACAAUGUUCAAGGAGACAGCAACACCAGUAUCUGCAUCACCAUUGAGCCCGGCCUGCUUCUGAAGGGAGACAUCUUGCUGAAGUGUUACCACAAGCGCUUCAGAAACCCGACCAGAGAUGUUGUGUUCAGGGUGCAGUUCCACACCUGCGCCAUCCACGACCUCGGGGUGGUUUUCGGGAAGAACGAGCUGGAUGAGACCUUCAAAGAUGAGAGGUUCCCAGAGUACGGGAAGGUGGAGUUUGUUUUCUCAUAUGGGCCGGAAAAAAUCAAAGGCCUGGGCCACCUGGAGAACGGGCCGAGCGUUUCCGUGGACUACAACACCCAGGACCACCUGAUCCGCUGGGACUCGUACGAGAGCUUCAACCAGCGCUGUGAGGACGUCGUGGACGGCGAGCACGAUGUUGGUCACACCCAGGGUCCCCUUGAUGGAAGCCUUUAUGCUCGAGUCCGCAAGAAAGACUCCCUGGAAGGAGUUGUCACCAUCAAUGGCCUCCCAGUCCAUGAAAAUCCCUUGACAAAUGCCGAGAACCCGUUAAGACAUCCCAACCACCCCCUUCAAACCACUGACCAGACCCUUCCUGUGACGGGCCACGCCUCCCUGCCUGCCGUUGACCACACCCUCUCCGUGAGCAGCGACUCUGGCAACUCGACUGCAUCCAUCAAGACUGAUCGUACUGAUGAGCACAGCCAGUCCUUACAGAGUGCCGUGAACCACAACAACCCAGCAGCGACCCACCCGCCACUCAGCCCACAGGAGAAAAGAGAACUCGACCAGCUUCUGAGUGGCCUCGAGGCACCAACCCGACAAGCCUACCUGUCCACGUCCACAAGUCCAGGAGGAGGUGUCCGGCACCUGGUCCCAGCGCAAGUGCACGUCAACGGGGGCCACACAAGGCUAGUUGCCGCCCCUUCAACAGAGGAGCGAGAGACUGAUAUUCUUGACGACGAACUGCCCAACAGUCAAGAGGGCAACAGUGUGGACAGCUUGGGCACACUUUCAUCCCUGGAGGGACAGGCAACCCCGGGUGACUUCUACCAAUCACAGACGCCCAUCAGCAGGCAGAACGACGGUCCUUACCUUGAGAGAGGUGUUCUUGGAGACAAGUUGAGCGGGAUGCCCGUGCAUGGAGUACGAACUCCCACGGUGAUGCAAGAGAUGUCUGUGGACUCUGCAUCACCACAGGGGGGAUACAGCAACUACCAGAACGGAGCAGGGAUGUACCGUUCACAGUCUUUUGGGAAUCCCCCAAACAGCAGCCCUGAGACCAACGCUAAACUGAUGCCAAGGGCUCCAGAGAGGAGCACCAGUAGCCGGGAGGCUGUUCAAAGAGGCCUCAAUAACUGGCACCAGUACAGCCUCCCAGAUGAUCCAUUCGGCCCUCCUCUUCAGUCAACCCAUAGCUUACCCCACUUCCCAACCUCAGCCUCCCAGCGGGACAUCGAGCAGUCCAUCGAGGCACUCAACAUGCUCAUGCUUGACCUGGACCCUAUCAACUCCCACAUGUCCAAGUCUCACAGUGCACCUCCUGGGGAGAACAGCCUCAAUUCAUCCCAGGUGCCCUUCUCCCAGACCCUUGCCAGACCCUCAUACCAAGCAGACUCUGCCAUCCAUGGUUACAAUAACUCCGGGUCCGUCAGCAACUCCCUUCAUCAGCCCAUGCGGCCGGCUGGGAGAGUCUCAGCACUGCCCAAUCAGAGCCCCGUUAUGGAGUCCCCGGUGUAUUCUCCCCAGAGGACCAACACCGGCUACCAACACCAAAACACCACACCGACACACACCCCAGAGCCCUACCUACACACACGCCAAGCAGCCCACCACUACCCCAACGACCCCUCCUCUAAUUACAACCAGCAGGUGCCAGGGAAGCUUGUGAACUCGUACCCAGGCAGUGGGGUUUCCCACUCCCCGGAUCUGCAGGGUUCCUCUCCCUAUCAAGGCUACAGUGCCUCUUCUUCUCCUCUCCCUGUUCUCACCCCACAGCCCAAGGAUACAUCUUCUUCAUCUUUGACUAGAGAACAAGAUGCAGAGGAGGAAACGCUUAAUUUGGAAGGACUGGUGGCUCACCGUAUCGCCGGGGUGCGCUCCAGAGGAAUGACCCCAGAAGUGACGCAGGAGACGGGUCGGCGUCGGACCACCAGCGAGGGACAGUACCAGAGCAGCCACGAAAACACGCCGAUGGUGGAUUCACCGGACUUCGCCCACAAUCUGGCCCUCAACCCGGGAGGAAGACCCAGAGAGGGUCCCAUGCACAGCUACCGGGAGGCGUUCGAAGACGACGACGCUGACAGCUUUGCCAACAGUCCUGCGUUCGGAGGAGGCGGUGGUGAGAUUUCCCCCCAGACCCCCAGCUUCCCUGUGUCGCCACAGACUCCUUACUUCAACAUGUCUCGCUCUCCUCCAGGUCUGGCCAAGACUCCUCUGUCAGCUCUUGGGCUGAAGCCUCAUCAGCAGGUUGGAUCAGACUCUGAUUCUAAUGACGGAGAGCCAGAUAAUCGCGGAUUCGGCGACUACAGAGCACAACAGUUCAACGCUCCUCUCUCCUCCAGCAGUCCCGUCCACGGCACCGAUGGACGGAGGAUUGGUUCUUCAGAUGUCGCCCCGCACAGCCCCAUCCCCUCCUACCACCACAGACCCGCCUCCCCUGAGGGCUCCCAGGUCAACAUCAUGGGCGUCCACACCGUCCCCGGCAGCCCCAACACCCUCCACCGCACAGUGGCCACCAACACGCCUCCGAGCCCCGCCCUCCAGAGACGCCUGGGUCAAGCCAGCCCCUCGCUGGGCAGACACCCGUCUCCAGGUGGCGUCCCCUCCAGCCCUCUGAUCGGCCGUAACCCUAAAACGGCAGGCGCUGGCGUGCCCCCAAGCCCUCUGAUGGGGCGCCGCACCACGGCGAGCGGCCACAGCACCCCUGAUGAGCUGGGGGCUGCUUCCCGUCAGGGGAGCGUCCUACCCUCCACGCCCGCCUUCCCCGUCUCCCCGCAGCUGCCGGAGAAGAGGCACAUGUCGAGUGGAGACGCUGAGAGGACGGACAACAAGAACCUGACGCCCACGCCGGCCAGCGGUGGCAGCACGCCAAACCUGUCUGGCACGCACACGCUCCCAGACGUCUCCAAGUCCAUAUAUGAUGGUUAUCCAGACAUUAAGAUGAAUGUUAAGUUCGUCCAGGACACCUCCAAGUACUGGUACAAGCCAGACAUCUCCAGAGAACAAGCCAUCAAUCUCUUGAAGGACAGGGAGCCCGGGGCGUUCAUUAUAAGGGACAGCCACUCCUUCCGCGGUGCCUACGGCCUGGCCAUGAAGGUGGCCUGCCCGCCGCCGACCGUCCAACAGAACAAGAAAGUUGGUGACCUGACUAACGAGCUGGUGAGACACUUCCUGAUCGAGACGAGCGCCAAAGGCGUCCGUCUGAAGGGCUGCCCCAACGAACCUUACUUUGGUUGUCUCUCCGCUCUGGUUUACCAACACUCCAUGACCCCGCUGGCUCUGCCCUGUAAGCUGAUGAUCCCCGCCAAAGACCCGAAUGAAGAAGCGCUGGAACUCGCCACACCCACCGAUCCAGUUGUUGAGCUUCUGAAGCAGGGAGCAGUUCAGAAGGUUCCCGAGGAGGCUCAUGCGUGCAACGUCCUCUACAUAAACUCUGUGGACAUGGAGUCCCUCACGGGGCCUCAGGCCAUCGCCAAGGCCAUCACUCAGACGCUGGCCACCAACCCCCUCCCUGACGCCACCACCGUCCACUUCAAGGUGUCGACGCAGGGCAUCACGCUCACCGACAGCCAGAGGAAGCUCUUCUUCAGGCGACACUAUCCCAUCAACACGGUAACCUACUGUGACACUGAUCCCCAGGACAGAAAAUGGGGCAAAGAAGGAGGAGGCUCAGUAAAGCUGUUCGGAUUCGUCGCGAGGAAACAAGGAAGCACAACAGACAAUGUCAGCCACCUGUUCGCCGAGCUGGACCCGGAUCAGCCCGCCUCCGCCAUCGCCAGCUUCGUCUCCAAAAUGAUGAAGCGGUGAAACACCCCGACGCCCGAAUGGCAGCGGCCAUUUUGAAAUCUUGCGUCUUUCUUCGCCAGGACUCGACGAUGUCCUUCUUUUUGCGUUUCCUGUCGGUUUGUCUCUGUUUCCCUUCUCUCUUUUUUUCUCUCUGCCUUGCUGGUUUGUCUUUUUUGGAGAGGGAGGAGUCUCUGUUUGAAGGAUUUUGAGUGCCGAUCCAGAGUGGAGCUAGAGGAUGUGCGGUGUGGAGCCGUGAACGUGACAAACAUGGAGGCCGUCGAAGGGAGAAAAUUUACUCACAGGGUCGCCUGUGCUAGAAGAGAAAUGCUAGUUAAAAGACUAAAGGAACAAGGCUAAGUUCAGUCGGGGAACACGUAAGGACUCGUACGUUUCAGGGUUUUCUGUUGUCGUUUUUGUUGAUUGAUUUACCAAAGGUAGUUGCAACACAAGUGCAAGAAUGAUGUAGCUAUUAAGCCAUUAUUAUUUCCUCUUUUCAAAAGAUGAAGUGUCGAACAAAAGAGAAAACAAAAAAAACCUAAAAGAAAAGAAAUACGGUUUCUUCUUGAACUCGUCUUCAGGAAAAAAGUUGGCCUUGACGGCUUUUAGCAAAACAGUGUCUGAAGACGUUAUGCAUGUUAGCUUGAUCUUUAAGCUUGGUUCUUCUACCUUCCACAGGAAAAAAAAAACAAAACAAAACAAAAAAAACUCAUUGUGAAAUCCUUGGAGUGGGUCAUAUCCGGGUCUGUUGUGUGUUGGAAAGGGCUCUGCAGUGAAAACACGACUGAUCUAAACUGCGCAUAGCAGACCAGACUCCAGGAAACAAAAGAAAAACCCAACAAAAAAAAACAAAACAAGAGAACAAGAAAAGAAAAACGCCACGCUAAGGUCACCGCACUUUGUGUCAGUGCAGCCACACUUGCAUCACCUCCGCGUCCAAGCCUGACCUCUCUCUCUCUCUCUCUCUCUCUCUCUCUCUCUCUCUCUCUCUCAAAAACUUGUUGGAUUUUACUUUGCAAGCUCCCGACAGCAUGGCCGCCAGAGAGAGGAAGACUGUUCGUCCACAAGAUGGCGCCACUCACUCAGGCUUGGACUCUAAUCCCGCCCCUUCAGCCCUCUUCCCCCUCUUUUCCCCAGACUCGCCCAUCACCAACUGCUUGCAGUAGUGGAUCUGUUGAUAGACGCUGCCACUGAAACACACUGGAGAUCACCAGGGACUGGCCCAAUGACCUGGACCUAUGCACUGUUCUUUAUGCAUGUUGUUGUCCCGAGGAAAAAAAAAAAAGCAAAAAAACAAACAAAAAAAAUGCACCCUCCCCUCCCUCAUAGCUACAUUCAACAUCACUGAAAACAUUCUAUGCUUCGUGCUAAAAACGACUUUAAAAACCUUUAGACAAGCACACCGAGGUUGUACGACUUGUCAAAGACUGCAUGAAAUAGACAACAUUUUUGUACUCUUCCUCACAGAGUCCUGAAAAAGAACGUAGACAACCCAUUGUUGAAGUAGUCACAUGAUGGUGAGAUGCUAUAUUUUUACUUUUUCUUUUAUUUUCAUUUGUUUUGUUUUUUUGUUUUGUUUUGUUUUGUUUUGGUCCAUUUGAGCCAGGGUUACCUUUCACUGUAUCCAAGACAGUCCAGUCUAUGUUUGUUUCUUUUUUUUCUUUUUUUUUCUUUUUUUUUUUUCUUGGUUCCACAGUGUCGUCAAAAUUUAGAGAGACGUUUUAGGGGCAAAUAAGGAAAAAAUAUUUGAAAAAAAAAAAAGAAAGAAAGAAACAACACAAGGAGUUUCCACACUGUGCGCAAAUGCCUGCUUGUUGAACACACGCUCAACCAUUCACAAUAAGCUAAGGAAAAUUGAUAUUGAUAUAAAUGUACAUAGAUAUACUACUUUGAAAGGUGACAUAGCGAAAAAGUAUUUAUUUUUGUUGCUUUGGUCCCUCAUGAUUACUCAUAUAUACAUAUAUUGUACAGUCUAGAUAAAAGAAGAUUACCUAAUGGGGUUGAGAAAAAAAAAUAUAUACUUAUUUUGGCUAAUGAUUUCAAAGUCUGACGAUUUUGAAAUGUGUUUGAAUAUAUGGUGUACAUUACUUUGUACAUGUAUAUGUUUCUUUCUUGGCUUGUCAUGUUUCCUCAUUUGUUUUUUUUUGUUUUGUUUUGUUUGCGUUCUCUCAGAACGAGGUAGGGCAUGAAUGAGAUAGAAGUCUGAACUGCAUGGACAAGAAGCAUUCGAGAGCGUUUUUUUUUUUUUUUUUUUCUUCCCCCCGCCGCCGGGGAGGGAGACCGAAUGCGUCGUAGCCGGUAGAUUUUAAGGUUAAAAAGACAACGCCGAUUUUAGGCGGGGAACAAAAAAAAGAGGGGGGGGGAAGCACGGUAAAGCUCAGCAGCCAACCUCAGAUGCAAUAUGAAAACAGCUGUAUGCACCUCAUGACAGUCACCAUUUAUAAUUUUGCCAAAGAUUCAAACACUUUACACAUCUAUGCUGACUGGCUGCAUGUCGCUUUUUUUUUUUUUUUUUUUAUGUUUCGACUGCUACUCAGCUUCCAUUUUUUGUUUUUUCUUGUCGUUUUUUUCUGGGGUUUUUUUUUUUUUCACAUUAGCAGCAAAAUUUAAAGAGCCGGUACACACAGACGUUUGUCGCUGUCAGUCCUUUGAAUUUUACAAGUGAGACGGGAGGAAAAAGAAAAAAAGAAAGAAGAAAAAAAGUAUGGGAUUUAGAAAAAAAAAGGUGUUUCCAAAAAUGUGUCCGCCUCCAUCGAGAAACCAGAGCAACGCCCCAACUGGAAGUGUGUAAACGAAGCACUUAUAUUCACAAUACUGAACGAGGAGUGACAUAAAUUCCAUGUGGGUGUCAAAGUGCUGGAGGUUAAACAAAGUGAGACGUUUUUCUCACCGUGAUGCGAACAAAGCUCGACAGCUGCAGCUCUGUCAGACUGCCAAAGGUUGUGUUUUUCUUCGGCCCUCUCGGAAAAAAAAAAAAAAAAAAAAGUCAGCUAAUGAUUUAUUUAUUCUUAUUUAUUGUUUGUUUUUUUUUUCUUUUUUCCUGACAAAUCCUGCUUCAUCGUCGCAUUAUCGCAGUUUUUUAGAUGGAGGAAUGUACGGCGGCGCUCGGGCUGAAAGCGGAGAGGUACGGCGCCGUUGAAGCGUUUUGGAAAGUUUAAAAAAAUAAAUAAAUAACUCCACUAAAUUCAAAUUGCGUCGUACCUGUUGGCUUUGAGUCGAGCGUCGCCUUGUUUCAGCGAAAAAGAAGUGAUUUCUGUGACCCGUAUGUACAGAUGGGACUUGUUGUAUGAAUGUGCUACUAUGGAUGUACAAAAGGGUCUCAAAUUUUGUUUGCGCUUAUCAUUUACAUUAUAUUGUCAUGGCUUACCUGUUCCUAAGGAGAAAAAAAAAAACAUUAAAGCAAUACAAAUCAGUUACAUUAAAGCUAUGUGGGUGUUCA